UGACGAAAGAGUCACUGUCGUCAAAAUUUCGUUCACAUUGGGUGAAUGUCAUUCCUUCAUAGACGUCCACAUAUCUACACUCUCUCCUACACACUGCGCCAUGGCGGCAACAAACAAUACACAAGAUGGCGUUACACCGCCUGAACCUCACAAAAUCUACGAUACCAUCCUCGUCCUCGAUUUCGGAUCCCAAUUCACUCACCUCAUCACUCGCCGACUCCGCGAACUCAAUGUCUACUCAGAAAUGUUGCCAUGCACACAGAAACUUUCCGAGUUAACCUGGAAGCCCAAAGGAGUCAUCUUGUCGGGAGGGCCAUAUUCCGUCUACGCAGACGACGCCCCGCACGUCGACCCGGAAGUGUUCAACCUGAACGUCCCAAUCCUGGGAAUCUGCUAUGGAUUGCAGGAGUUGGCCUGGAACCAUGGAAAGAAUGUCGCGGCAGGAGAGAAGCGGGAAUAUGGUCGCACGGCGCUGCAGGUGACGAGGCAUAAGGGAAAGCUGGAACACAUCGACCGACUCUUUGAGGGUCUGGAAGACGGCCUCGAGGUAUGGAUGUCGCACGGUGACAAGCUCUCGCAAUUACCGGACCGGUUUGUCACCAUCGCCGAGACUGGUAGUGCGCCAUUUGCUGGAGUUGCGCAUGAAGAGAAGGAAUACUAUGGUAUCCAAUUCCAUCCCGAAGUCACACACACCCCUCGAGGAUCGCAAGUGAUCAAAAACUUUGCAGUAAAUAUUUGCAAGGCACAACAGAACUGGACGAUGGAGUCGUUCAUCGGGAAGGAGAUUGAGCGGAUCCGGGCGCUAGUCGGCGAGAAGGGACAGGUGAUCGGUGCGGUCAGUGGAGGUGUAGAUUCGACAGUAGCUGCGAAGCUCAUGCAGGAGGCCAUUGGUGAUCGAUUCCACGCCGUAUUUGUCGACAACGGCGUGAUGCGGUUAAACGAGGCAAAGGAGGUGGAAGAGACCCUCACUAAGGGACUUAACAUCAAUUUGACCGUAGUCAAUGCCGGCGAAUUGUUCUUGAGCCGAUUGGCCGGCGUUGCAGACCCCGAGAAGAAGCGCAAGAUCAUCGGAGGCACCUUUAUCGACAUCUUCGACCAAAAGGCCAAGGAGAUCUCUGAAGCAGCCAAAAACACCCCUCUGGCGGGAAACAUCGAAUGGUUCCUUCAAGGUACACUGUACCCCGAUGUCAUCGAAUCCAUCUCCUUCAAGGGCCCUAGCGCCACCAUCAAAACCCACCAUAACGUCGGCGGCCUGCCGGAGAAGAUGAACCUCAAACUCAUCGAGCCCCUCCGCGAGCUCUUCAAAGACGAAGUCCGCGCGCUCGGCACCACCAUGGGCAUUCCCGAAGACCUCGUCUGGCGCCACCCCUUCCCGGGCCCCGGAAUCGCCAUCCGUAUCAUCGGCGAAGUCACCCCGGAACGGAUCCGCAUCGCGCAGGAAGCGGACAAGAUCUGGAUCGACGAGAUCAAGGCCGCCGGCUACUACCGCGCCAUCAGCCAGGCGUACGCCGCCGUCAUGGGCGUCAAGAGCGUGGCCGUCGUCGGCGAUCAGCGAUUACACGGGGAGGUGAUUUGGUUGCGGGCCGUGCAGACGACCGAUUUCAUGACCGCGGAUGUCUUUGAGGAUUUCUCCGUCGGGUGGCUGAAGCACGUUGGAGCGAGGAUUGCGAACGAGGUGUCGGGUGUGGCGCGGGUUGGGUAUGAGAUCACUGGAAAGCCACCAGCCACGAUUGAGUUGGAGUGAACGGAAAGAGGUGGCGGUUGGGAGGAUGGGUAAUAGAAAGUAGUGGCAUACAGUUCUAUGCUGAAGAGGGUGGAUGGGCGGGCGUAGGCGUAGAUUCUUGGUGUUUUUUUUGGCUGUUUCUACACGCAGCGGGGAGGAUUUUGUGUUGCUGCAUCGUUUUUUAGAUAUCCUAGAAGUGAGAAGAAACAAUUGUUGUUUCAAAACCGCUCUCGCCAUCUGGCUUCGCCACCAUUUCGCAGCCGUCGGAAUGGAGGGGCUCGCGGACCCGAGUUAUAAUCAGUCUCAUGCCAAAUCAUUUCCCUUUCCCACUGCUCAGGAAGGCGAAGAAAUCAAACAUACUUCAACCGCAUCUCCCUUCUUCGUAUCCUCAUGUACUCCUUCCCCCACUCCCACCCAUACAA